AUGACCGCCGACUCCCGCGACGACGCCAUCCGCGAAGCAAAACGCUAUGUCCGCGACGUCGUCCGCAACGACUGGUCCUUUGAGUUUUCCGCAAAACCCGGUGCCCCUCCGCCCACAUACCCAGCGAACCCCGAGCCCACCGACGUGCUGGAAUGGCGCCUCCGCGAAUACGACAGCUCGGGCUCGGAGCUCGAGCCGCAAUUCUCACCUAUUGGAAGCCCCGGUCUAUAUGACGGCGAUGCGUCCUUGGCGGGGCUCUCGAUUUCCUCGGCCGACUCGAGGCGCACGGAGCGGAGGCGCAAGCGGCGCAGGCAGAUGGAGGAGGAGAUGACUUGGAAUGAGGGGUUGAGGACUUGGGUUGAGCGGCGGGAUGCGUGGUCUGGGGCGAGGUCGAGGGAGAAGGUUCGUGAGUGGGAGCUGAGGAGCCGGGGGAGUGUAGAGGCGGUUGGUGGUGGUGGUGGUGGUGGUGGUGAGCUUGCGGGUGCCUCUGCUGGUAUAGCAGCUGGGGAUGCGACGGAUACAGAUGCUCAGAGUAUCCCGGCUUCUGCGACCUUGCGGCCAAUUGCCGUUCCUGCUACGGGGGAGGAGUCGAAUCUCGUGGAGAGAACCGAGACCGCGCUCAACAUUGCCGGCAAGGAUGAGAAUAAUGCAGCUGCACCGUCACAGCAAUUACAACCUGCAUCACCAGGCGACCUCGCCAUUCCGCCAAACGCAAUCCUCCCACGAGCGUCCCCCGUCGACACCGACCCGAUAGACCUCCCGCAACCCCCCUCAGCAUCCUCCGCAAUCCCCGCAACAAGCCCUCCAUCCACCUCCUCCGCCACGACCAGCUCAAUCCCAUCAGCACCAACAGACGCUUUCGAUGACCCCUUAAUUCCCGUCGUCCCCUCCCUAAUCUCAACAUCAAACCCUAUCCGCGCCUCCAUAACCCCCUCCAUGUACCCCUCCAUCUACUCCAAAGUCGUCCUGCAAGGCCUCACCCCGACGGUCCCCAUCAACCUCGCCGACAUGACAAAAGCCAUGGUGCAGGGCUGGAAGGCAGACGGGCAAUGGCCGCCGAAGCCGCAGAAUAUCGUCCUCCCAAAUGCAAACGAUGCUAUCGCCCGGCCGAACCAUGCCUCUGCAACAAAACACCCGGAUACACCUGCCAUCCCACUAACCUCAUCAACAGCCGCUGGAGCCGAUAGAGAGCGCAACCCACCAACCUCACCCGAGUCAAAGCGCAGGUCGGGAAUCGCGAGCACAGUCCGCAAAGUCCUACACUUCUCGGGGUUCCACCCGCAUCCAUUCCAUAGACGGAAUUCGUCGAGCCAGCACCAUUCGCAUCCGGAGGAUCUAAGUCCGGCCGGUGAGGGUGCUGGCACCGGGGCGGCAGGAGAGCAGGCAGAUAAAUAA